CUAAACAUUCGUUUUCCUCAUUUACUUUCAUUUUAUCAUUAAGUUCAGUUUAUAUGUAACCUCUCGAAGUUUUUCCAAAAACCUUAAAAUCUUAUCAAAUAUGUCAUCGAAUAUAAUCAUUUAAUUAAAAUGAAAAUGAAUAACUAUCGCCUCAACUAUAACUUAACGUCGUUACCGAUCGUAAUCGGUAUUGGAGUAAUCGUAACAACGUUUAUUCUCGCAAAAAUAUACUUAACAGCCCCCAAAAAGGAUAAGAAAGAAUCAGCACAUAAAGAUAAAGGAGUAAAGAAAACACUUUUAGAUGCAACAGCAAAAUAUGCUUUGCCAUUAAUAGAAAAAGAAGAACUAAGUCAUGAUACCAGACGGUUUCGUUUUGGUUUACCAUCAAAUGAACAUAUCUUAGGUUUACCAAUUGGUCAACAUAUUCACUUAUCAGCCAAAAUUAACGAUGAACUCGUAAUACGGGCAUAUACACCAGUCUCAUCUGAUGAAGAUAAAGGCUACGUUGAUCUUGUAAUCAAAGUAUACUACAAAAAUACACAUCCAAGGUUUCCCGAUGGUGGAAAAAUGUCACAAUAUUUAAAUGACAUGAAAAUUGGUGAUAAAAUCGAUGUACGUGGUCCAUCCGGACGAUUACAAUACCUUGGCAAUGGUAAAUUUUCAAUAAAGAAAUUACGAAAAGAUCCACCACAAGAAGUUCAAGUAAAUAAAUUGGCUAUGAUUGCUGGUGGCACUGGAAUUACACCAAUGUUACAAUUAAUCAGACAUAUCACAAAAGAUCCUACAGACAAUACAAAAUUAAGUUUAUUAUUUGCCAAUCAGACUGAAAAAGAUAUUUUAGUGCGAAAAGAAUUGGAAGAGGUAUUAGAAAAGCAUCCAGAUCAAUUUAAACUUUGGUAUACUUUGGAUACACCAAGUGAAGGUUGGAAGUACAGUACCGGUUUCGUAAAUGAUUUAAUGAUCAAAGAUAAUUUACAUGAACCAUCAAAGGAUACGUUAGUAUUAAUGUGUGGCCCACCACCAAUGAUCAAUUUUGCCUGUAUGCCAAGUUUAGAUAAAUUAGGUUAUGAUCCUGAGCUGCGUUUUGCGUAUUAAUUUAAAAAUAAAAUUAUGGUUAUUUAAUGUAUUAAGUAUAACGUUAAGAAUAUUUUUACACACCUCGAAUAUCGAAUCGGUUCGAUAUCGAUAUAAUUAUCUUGUUAAUUAAUUCAUCAGUGUUAUCACUUUUUGUAUGUGUUUCGUAAGUGUUUCUUUAAUAUAUUAUUGGAAAAACAA